CACGAAACAUUUGUGGAUAGAAAGAAGCGUCAUUGCACACUAUUUUUGUUGUAAAGUAUAAUCAAUUUAUCACGAGUGUGAGUUCUUUGCAAAUAUGGAAGAAAACAGGCGACCCAUUGUAACAUAUGACACUGAUUACAUUUACCUGUACGUUUUAGUCCCAUUUACGGUUAUCGCGGUCGUGGUAGUGAUUUAUUAUGUGGUUAAAGAAAGUGCUAGACUGAGCAAACGUGGUAACAGAACAAGAAGGGUUGUACAUUCGAAUAAUAGUAGGACACAGGCGCCUUACAGCGUAACCGAUCCUGGAAGACAUUUUAAUACGCCCCCGCCGCCAUAUCAACUACACGACACGAUAAGAUCGCCAGAUGGUUUACCACCACCUCCACCAUAUACUCCCAGAUAAAUGAUGUUUUAUAUUUAAUAGCUGUUAUAUAUGAAUGGAUAAGACUAAAGCCAAAUUAAAAUGCUGUGACUGACGA